CCUGUCCUCUGCGGAGCACGCACUCGACAUGGUUGGUUCUCAGCGAGGGCCGGAGGAGUCUCCCGGAGGCCGACGAUCCACAGAUGCUCAGACCGAAUAAUUCCAGUACUGACUGCUGAUUUGGCCUCCUCUAAAAUGAACAGCUCCUUCUUCAGUCUUCAGCGCACAAUUAAAUGGAAAAUCCAAACAACUGUUUGGAAACUUCAGUGGUCAGAUUCCAGGAAUGCAAAUGGGCCAGCCAAUGCCAGGGGCCAGUCCCAAUAUGUUCUCUGGGGGUUACCCUGGGUACCUGGCGUACACUGACAGCUACUCCCCUGCGGAUGACUCCAUGUGGACUUACUUCACAGCUGUUGCUGGGCAGGAUGGUGAAGUGGAUGCGGAAGAACUUCAGAGAUGCUUGACGCAGUCUGGAAUUAGUGGGACUUACGCUCCCUUCAGUUUGGAAACCUGCAGAAUUAUGAUUGCCAUGUUGGAUAGAGACUACACAGGAAAAAUGGGAUUCAGUGAAUUCAAGGAGCUUUGGGCAGCUCUGACCGCCUGGAAGCAGAACUUCAUGACUAUUGACCAAGAUCAAAGUGGCACUGUAGAACAUCAUGAGCUGGGUCAAGCCAUCGCUCUGAUGGGUUAUAGGCUGAGUCCCCAGACAUUAGCUGCUAUUGUUCGGCGCUACAGCAAGAACGGCAGAAUUUUCUUUGAUGAUUAUGUUGCCUGCUGUGUGAAGCUUCGAGCCCUGACAGAUUUUUUUAGGCGAAGAGACCACUUGCAACAAGGGAUUGUAAACUUCAUGUAUGAGGAUUUUUUGCAGGGCACUAUGACAAUUUGAAAGCCUAGCAUUCCAAAGGCGGAGACAUACUGCGAAUCCUUCUGCUUCAUUGAAACAGACUGGACUACCUACAAUUAAAAGCCUACGGAACUUUUUUGUACACCUUCCUGUGAAAGUCCCGCCCCUUCUGUUAUUUAACCUUAAAGCACAGUUCAAUGCAAUAACUUUUUUUUUUGGGGGGGGGGAUAUAUUAUUUUUGGAAAACAGUGCAGAUCUAUGCACACUCUGAAAUGUCGCUAAUGAUAUGUACCUAAUUGAUACUAGCACACCUGAGCCUUAGUUCUUAACAAUAAAAGUGGAUAGGAAUGUAGUCACAUGACAUUGUCUAUGAAGCCAAAUAAUGAAAGUGUCUGUAUUAUCUAAAGGCUACAAGUUAUACUUUUGAGUUUUGUUGUGUCUGUGGGUGUUUUCUGGGAGUGAGUCAGUCAGGGGACAUCUGCGCUUUGUGCUGUCUUUGGCUUUUGAUGACACCAUCAGAGAACAGGGCACAUGUUCUUGGCCUGUGAAUAAGAAAACUGUAGUUCCCAAAACUUUAUCCUCAUCUGUGUCUGUCAGCCCAUAGUAGUUGGGAUUGUUUUACCUUUUUAUGUCAUUGUUUAUUUUUCUACAGUAUGUUUUAUUGUCCUCUGUUUUUGUUGUUGUUUUAUGUUUUGUAUAUUCUCUGUUUUUGUUUAACUUUUUUUAAAAAUUCUGAGAUAGGACCUUUCUAUGUAGCCCAGUGGGACACAAACUUGAGGUCCUCCUGCCUUGUCCCGCAUUGUGUACAGAGAUUCAGGGCUCGCACACCUAUGCCCGUCCUAAAAUUUUAAAAUGACGAUACCUUCCCCUUCAUUAGCGAAGGCAUAGAUAACCUAAAUUUCUCUAGUGUCAGCAUUCAUUUAUGUUUGUUCUGUUAAACCCAGGUGUUGCUCAGUUAAUGACAGCACUUUCUAAUGUUAAGGAAACCAAGUCAUCUGCUAUGGUUUAAAUGUUCAGAAAUUCUAUUUUGGAUUGACAGUAUGGUAUGGACAUAUUUAUGGGUGUGUGUACCAAGAAGUGUUUCAAUUUUUCCUUCCUUUUUUUUUUUUUUUCCCCUUUCUCCUUUUCUUCUUCUCUUGUGAGCUCUAUAAACAGCAUUUCUGGUGAAAUUUUCUGUAGAGACUUUAAGUAGUUACCAGGUUUUUUGCAUUACAUUCUCUGGCUUGAGAUAUUAGAGUUAAUUUAGUUUCUAAUGUGGAAAACACCCUGGCUUUAUUAAUGAAGAUUUGAAAAUAAAAACAGUGAAUUUUCAUAUAUUUUAACUGAAUAUAUUCUAGCUGAAGACAAAUGCAAAUAUAAUCUUAGUUUAGCUUAUUACUAAAACAUUUUUAAGAAAACUUUUUUUAAUCAAUAAACCUCUUUUAUAAAAAUAGAAAACUUAAAAUCAGCUUUUACUUUAAAAGGUCCUAGAAUCAUUUUGACAUUGAUUACUAUAUAAUUUGCUAUCAAAUCCACUUGGUCAGAUUUAUAAGAAUAGCUCUAUGAAUACCUACACACUGUCCUUUGUUUGUUUCAUUACCACAUAUUUGAAAACCUAAAAGGAAUGUUAACUGAACCAGUGAAUGUACCAAAUCUGAAGCUAUUGUAGAAUAAAAAGAAGCCACAUUAUGUUAUGAGUCAUUGAAUAGUGUACACUCUUAUUGUAUAAGUGCUUUUAUUUGUACAGUAAACAUGUUUCCAUGUCAUUUUGAGAAUUUUUUAAUAAACAUUCAAAUAGCUUGCUGUAAA